AUGGCAGAACCAAUUGACAAUACCGAGUCGACAUCUUCAGCACAUCUGAUCUUGUCACAUCAAAUUGAUCAACCCCCGACGAUCUCUGCUGAGUCUCUCGAUAUUUCAGAGCCUUCUGAACAGCCGGAAGCAACCACUCCAGCCCCUCUCAACAUGUCAGAAGCGAUGGACAUUGAACUUACUUCUUCCACAUCUCUCGAUAUUGCAAACCCAAUUGACAACCCCCAGACCUGUUCAGCACCCUCUAACGUCUCAGAAUCGGUCGACGACUCUGAACAAGUCACCUCAGCGCUUCCAAACAUCUCAGAACUAAGUGAUAAUGCGGAAGGAACCUCCCCGGCCCCUCUCACCCUCGUCGGAUCUACCGACGACACUGAAGCAUCACCUGCUUCUCUUGACGCCUCAGAGGCAAUUGAGAAUCCCGAAGCAACCUCCUCAGCUCCUCACAACGCAUCAGAACAAACUGACAAUCCAGAAACAACAGCUUCAAACGCACCUACCAUACCUCCAACAGACCACAUCGCUGAGCCUGACAAUACAAUCCUUCAAGAGACCCUUCGCGUCAUCCAAUCCAUCGAAGUUCCUCCAGUCCAAGCAACCAACCCAGAGACUGAAGAUACUUCCACCCAGACAACAUCACCUGGCUCCCUGUCCUUAAAUGCCACCCAAUCGGAAGUGCUCUCCGCAAUAGAAGCUAGAUCGAGCUCUACAACGCGCCUGUCAAGACGGCGUGCUUACGGAUCAGCACCUCCUGUUCCAGAUCCAAAAUGGCAUUACAAUGUCGCGAGAAUGGUGGCGUUGCUUUCUGUACACGAUGAUGGCUGGGAGCCUUUUGAAGCUAUUGAGCGGCUCCUACUCCAGCUUUAUCCUCAUGGACAUCAAACCCUCGAUGGCCUUGCGGACGAUAAAGAGAGAGUGCGUGAGUUCGGCCAAGACUAUCAUGAUGUUAUCGAGUGUUGGAAGUAUUUCCUGCAAGAAUACGAAACAAAGGUUGUGGAUGCCCGCCAUGGCCUCAUAGCGUCCUACAUUCUUCGUCUAGCCACUAGUUUUUGUAAGGAGAAUGGGGUCAGGGGCUUGAUUUGUGACGAGGAGAUGAGAGAGUUGCAACGUGAGGUUAGGAAGGCAUUCACGAAGCUGGAUGAGGAAUGUGUUCACCAGUACCAAAAGCGUGCCUUCACUCACAUGCGCGAAGUUAUAGACGCAUCGCCAUUCAGUGUCAUUAGCUUCACUGUCUGCGAACUCACCGACACGACGUACAGCCGGCGGAUCACGUACCCAAAUGAAGAUGCGUAUACAAGAAAUAGCCUUUGGACUCCGUCCACUCGCUCACGCCGUCAACCUCCAACCGCGCAGAUUGCUGACCGUGAGGGCUAUUCCGAUGAUGAUAUGGAUGAUAUUCUUGCAGGUGCGCAGACCGUUGUCGAGGAGGAGGAGAACGUGCCAGUUUGUUCUGAUGAUGAUGAUGACAAUGACCGAGAUUUUGAAGUUGGUUCUUUACAGAGAGAAAUUAGUGCCAUACGGGCAACGAUGGCUUCCUUACCAGCAUCAACAACAACAGAUUCCAAUGAGACUAGAGAGUCAGAGAGUAUGGCUCUUGGUGACCGGACCAGCGCUGAGCCGAUAAUUCAAAGUAUUCGGGUGGGCGUCGAGGAGCGGCUGCAUCGGAUAUUGAGAGAUUUGGAGGAGCUGAGGAGAAGCACCGGUCUGAUGGAGAGUAGAGUCGAGGAGCUGACUAGAAGAAACCAUGGGCUGGAGAGGCGAGUUCCAGAGUUACAUGAGUGGUUGUCGAGUCGCUACCCGCAUUAG